GGGCAGCACCCAAGAGAGUCGCCUCCAUUUCACCAGGAGGAAAACAUGAAGGUCCUACUGUGCAGUCUACUGCUGGUCCUGCUGUGCACCACACAAGUGCAAGCACUUCGGUGCUACACCUGUGAAGGUGACUCGACCUGCAAGACCGAGACGGAGUGCCCACCGUCAAGCCAGUACUGCAAGACCGAGGUUUCAGCCAAUACCUUCUCACGAACGUGCGAGGAAUUUUGCAUUAACUCGUUCAGUGUGUCCUGCUGCACCGAGGACCUCUGUUGACCAUGAGUCUCUGCAAGACGCUGCCAUGUGCCUUGAAACAUUAUACAGAACCUACUUGAAAACAUUCUUCUUCUUUCGGUGAUUCCACAAUUCUUUGGCAUUAAAGAUUCUGGGGUUAUAAAUCA